AUGGUCGUGCAUUUCGUGAUUCUUGCGUUAAUCGCGUAUCCAAUACAUGCGCUUGCGCAGACCAAAGCAUCAAUAUGGGUCGACGUUGGCCCACAUUCAGCCGAAAACCUGGAAACCGCAACGCAACACACCCCAGAAAUCCUAAAAGAACUCCAAUCCGCGACGGAAGACGCUCUCCUCCUUUACACGGAGUAUACGGCACAGUCCAGCACCGAAAUUAAGACUUUCAUUAGGAAUAUAUCUAGACUGACCGAAGAUACAGUCCGCAGCAUGAACAAGACUUCAUUGGAUAGCGCUCCAACCGAAUGCAGAACAGAGUUCGAGAAACGUCUCAAGAAGAUAGAGUAUGACGCACAUCGUUCCGCCAUUUUCAGUGGAGAGAACCAUCACAAGUUCUUUUUGGGACACAUGAUUGUCUUUCGAAUGCAUCUCAACAAGAGCGACGAAUACAUACGAAAGUGUGAUAAAAUAAUCAAGACGUGUGGUACAGCGUGUGAAUCAACGCCCCGUAUUAUCAGAUGGAGGCGACUCGCUUUAGCGGAGAUCAAAAGAGUAAGAGACGACAUACAGACUUCACGCAGAUCGUACAAGGAUCUUUUGAUGCACGCCCAUCGCAAACUGAAUCACUUCAGACGGCGCGCCACCUCGCGGGCUACUGAAGCAGUCUUGGUUUUAGAAGCUUGUACAAGGCGGAGUGCGAGAUAA